GUCCAACAUGGCCGCCACAAGGCUUUCUGCAAGGCUGUUAAAAGUUCGUCCUGUAGUUGAUAUAAGGCCUAGAAAUUUUUCAAAGGUAAACUUAAAAUAUCUUUAAAUAUUUUUCAAUGUGAAAUUCACCAAUAACUGAUUUAGUUAAAGAAAUCUGACGGACUGGGCGCAAUUUUUUGGCCUUUUUGUAUCCCCUUGUAUCCCUAGACUAUUGGCUAAAACCUCAGUGUUAAGUUUGUUUUGUUGAAGAAUGCUAACUAAAAGCAGACAGUUGACAUAAAAUAUUUUAAAGAAGUACCUUUAUAAACAGCUUUUACCUAAAUUUGGUUUGAUUCCGGGAACACAUUUUUUCGUGAAAUAUGGAUUUGUAAACAUGAAUAAUAUGGGGUCCUUAUCUAAAUGGACCAGCUGGGAUGUCCAAACUAAACAUGUGCCUGAUUUAUAGAGAGAUAGCUACAGCAAAACAAGAGAAGGUUGACAAGAAUCGGCAGCUGACCUCUGAUUUUUGUAAUAUAGAAAUGUCUGAAAAUCAGCGACAUCAACAGGGCCUUGAGUCAAAAAGUUCAAAACAACAAGAUGGAAAAUUAAAAAGCACCAUGAAAACCAGGCAGGAAAUGAUACUCUAGAUAUCGUGCCACCCCUGCCCUACCCCAGGCAUAAGGGGUGGUUGAUGCUACCUAUAAUUCAUGGCUGUUAAGGGAACUUUUGACUGGAUUGUAAAAAUUAUCUUGCAAACAUUUUUAAAAACUUGGAAACCUAGUUUUGUGUGUUUCUUUCCAUCUCUGAGUUUAUAUAUUUUAGCUGCAAGUUCUGGAAAAUUUUAUAAGAGGACUGCUAUUUUAUUUGAAACCCUGAAGGGUUUAAAUUGCUGGUUUGCAUAACUCUGAUAAAAGCUGCACAGAUACCAACUACCCUCCCUAUUAUCCUGACAUCUCCCAGAUCUGACACAAUUCUCCUGUUCUCCUUGUGUAGAAGAUGGCAGAUACAAAAUUGGCAGUUACAAAAUAUGGGUCACAGGUCACAGUCACAAGUGCAGGAGAAACUAAAGGUCACUGUGCGUUGGUAAAUAAACAACACUUGGAAGUGUCUCCUAGCCCUAAUCACAAUCCAAAAUAGAAUUUUCACUUAAGGGGAAACUGCUUAUCUCACUUAUUUGUCAAUAGAGCAGUGACCUGCACUAUUGACCUGUGCCCUGUGAUGUGUGUUUUGUACCUGCCAGUACAAAAUGCAAGUCUUAGGUCACAAGUGCAGGUUAGCGUACAGGUCAAUGUGCUAAGGUGAACAAACAACACUAAAAGUGUCUCCUAGCCCUAAUCGUAAUCCAAAAGAGAGUCUUUGUUAGCUGAAGGCAAAAUUUUGUCUCUGAGUUGUUUCUCAAGAGCAGUGACCUGUGCUUGUGACCAGCUGUGACCUCUGUUUUGUACCUGCCAUUGUACAGGUCUCCAAAUCUCCCAGGUAAAAGAAGGCUUUUAAGCUUUUCUGUGCCUUCGUUUGAGCCCAUUUACCCCCCAAAUUCAAAAUUUUUUCAAUGGAAAAGUAUGGUUGCUGUGCUUUUUUUUCACAUAUUUCAUCAUUAUGUCAUCACAACAUUAUUAAAAGAUGAUUUUGGUCUGUACCUCAUGUUAUCAGACUUGGUAUAAUUUGCGGAGCCACAUGCGUGUUAUAAUUUGGAGACAGGGUCAAUUUGUAUAUAUUCGCAGGGGUGGGGAGGGGGUAAUACAAGAGACAGAGUCUCUAAAUUUUAGAUCUCUAGAGUCUAGAAAUUGGCAUCUUUGUAAAGGUCCUGUAAUUUGAACCACACAUCUACAGUCACACGCUCAACUGCUGCUACAAAUUGAACCCCACAUUACAACCCUCAUCUGAGAUAAUGUGAGUACAAAAUACCACUUAAUUACAAGGCAGAAACUAAUGAAAUUUUGACAUACUGUCUUUUCAACCUUAUUAAACCAUGAUUGUUUUUGUUGUAAUUUUUAGGAGUUGCGCCAUGGUUUUGUAGGAAUGGUUGGCAAGUAAGAAUUAAUUUUCCCUCAUUCAAUUGACCUAAAACAGUUCAAGAAAUUCUAUAUCAUUGUCAGUGAAUGGCUUCAGUUGUAACCUGAGAUCGGGCCCAAUUUUAGCGGCUCUCAUACAUUCUCUUUAACGGCUACCGCUAAAAUAGUUUUCGUUUUGCCUUGCCCAAUGGAAUGUUAUUACAAAGCGAAACGAAAAUUGAUCCUGAUCUCGGGUUACUUCAGUUGACACUUUAUCCUUUUUGUUUUUUUUAAACAGCACUCCUCUGAUAAGAUUUAACAAACUGAGUGAGCAAACAGGUAAGUAAGGAAUUUAGCACACACUAUAAACAAAUAAAUGGUGAGGUUAGUUUUUGAAAAACUGUGAUCCUGCAUUAGUUGAAGUCCAAAAAUCUGGAUUGAUAAACUUAGUUGAAUAAGUCAAUUUAUCAUCUUAAAAACGUUUAAAGCCUGACUUGUUGAUUACUAGCCACAUUUAUUAUCCUAAAAGUGCUAGCCCUUAGUCAGAGUGAGUGAAGGGAUUGUGGGUUGGUUGUCACAAAGGGGAUGAAACCCUCACUCCGUCUAGGACAAAACAAUUAAGUAUAUUCACCCAGUAUGGGGUAAAAACCCCUUUUUUUUAGAACCCUGUUUAGUGCAAUAUUAUUAUUGCUCACAGCUUUUGAUUGUAGGUUGUGACAUUACCGCAAAGGCAGAGCACCUUAACCCUGGUGGCUCAGUGAAGGAUCGUGCUGCUCUGUACCUUAUUAAGGAAGCAGAAGAAAAAGGUUGGUAUUAAUUUUAAAAAGAACAUUGAUACAGCUAAAACAUAAAAGCUGUAUUAUAAUAAGUUGAGUUAGUAGUUUCAAAAGCAAAUCAGAAAGGUCUUUCAUUUUACACCAUGGUCGAGGCCUUGAUACUCUAAACAUGGAUUGUAAAUUUUAGUUCGGUACCCCUAAUUGGCAUUUGAAGAACCAAGCCCUGAAAGGCUGGCUCUGUAAUGGGCAGGGUGAAGUGAAUCUUGUGUUCGGAUUGGCUAUACCUUAGAGGGAAAGAUAGGCCUAUCUUACUCUAGUCCUGAAAUAAAAUGUUCUCUUUACUAUAUAAUAAAUCCUCAUACUUGUCAUUUUUUUCUGAUGGCUGGGUAUUGUCCUGGAUUUUAUUUUUUUCAGUCCAUAAAAACACCAAAAAUAAGAACUUGGCCAAUAUCCAGCCCUCUCAAACGAAGACGAUUGAUAAAAUAUCACACAUAAUAUUUGCCUCCUAGUUCUGGCUCUGUUUAUUUUCAGGACUUAUUAAACCUGGUGGGACAGUCAUUGAAGGAACAGCUGGAAACACAGGUCUGUAAAUUUUGAAUUUUUAAUAUGCUUUAUAAUUCCUUAACCCUUGAUGGAUGUUUAACUGUUCGACUUAAUUUCUUUAGGGAUUGGACUUGCCCACAUAUGUCUUGCCAAGGGUUACAAAUGUGUUAUAUUUAUGCCUGACACACAAUCACAGGUAAGAACUUUAAUGAAUAGUAAGGUUGCUCUGUACCUAUGAAUUAGGUUGUGAAGCCCAGGUUCAUUUUUUUGUGCAAAAACUGCUAAGCAACUGCAAAAUCUUGGUACUAAGGGGUUAUUAAUCAUGGGAGAGCUCGCUGAAUUAAUAAACUAACCAAAGUUGCUCCAUGAAGUGGAUAAAUAACGUGAGGUUUUCUGCAAAUUUCUUUGUUUUGUUUGUAGGAAAAAAUAGAAGUGCUUCAGACAUUAGGUGCUGAGGUCCAUGCUGUCCCUGCUGUGCCAUUUGAUGACCAAAUGAACUACAAUCAUCAGGUAAUGACAUUUCAACCCUAGUAUUUCUAGCCUCGCACACAGAUGUUCUUUUGGCUCGUCAUGCAAUCCUUCAAGGAACCCCUAAGAACAUCUGUGUUGGAGGCUAUAGCAUUUCACUGAUGCAAUGACCAGUAAUGUUUCUGCCUUCUGUAAUUUGGUAAUAUCAAUAAAAUAGCCAAGAUAAUAAUAAUAAUUGUGAGAUGGAUCUCUUCUAGUACACAUCUAGCAGCCCUGUAAGGUUCAUCCUUAAAAGUCUGCUAUUGUAGACACCCAUUCUUGCUUAGGACUGUAAAUUUAUUGAUGCAUUUCAUAGGAAAAGUCUACAAAUUAAGAUGCCCUUGUUAAAUCAUUGUCAAAAUCAUAAAUUAAAACAAGACAAAGGCAAGGAUUGAGAUUAUCACUUGCAAACAUUUUAAGCUUGAAUGAUCAGUGGCACGAAGAAGAGCAAACUUUGGUUAAAAUCUAAGUUGAUUUUGUUUGUUUGUUUUUUUCUUUUUUCAGGCAAGACGUUAUGCUGAGAGCACUGAGAAUGCAAUCUGGACAAAUCAGGUGACUCAACAUAAAGAUAGUUUAGUAAAUAAAGUUGACUUCCGAUUUCUCAAACCAUCUUAUACGUUCAUAACAUGGUUUGCGUUAUUGAGGGUUCAAGUUACCAAGAGUAAAAUUACAGUAAAUGCAUGAAGGAAAUCCAAGGGAAACUGACUUUGGUCUGAGUUAGCACAAUGUUUGAGUUAGCGAGGUUUCAAGUUGUAGAAUCAACCGUAUGGUAUAUGAGUGAAGGACAGUAUGACAUUUUAUGUCCAGUGAUUAAAGCUCUUUAUCUCCACUGAAAUAAAGGGGAGAUCCAGUGUAAAGCAUCCUAUUUUUGACCAAGACCAUGCCUGCAGGGUUGAGGAGCAGAGGCACCGGACAGUGGCCCGGCCCUGCUUACCUGAAGGAUCUGCCACUAGAAUGGAUGGAUGCUUUAUUUCCACUGAUUAAUGACAUGAUCACUAUUGAUUAUUUUUCUUCCUCAUCAGUUUGACAAUAUCUCCAAUAGAAGAGCACAUUUUGAAACCACAGGACCAGAAAUAUGGCAGCAGACAGAAGGGAGAGUGGAUGCUGUGACAUUUUCUACGGGAACAGGGGGAACAAUAGCAGGUAAACAACAAACACAGCUACCCCUCCUAACAACAACAGUGCUAAAGACAACAACCCUUUUCUUGCCGAACCAAAAAUCCCAGGCAUUUACUUAUUCAACUACAGUUGAAACUCUUCACAACGGCCACCUUAGGGGCAGAAGAAAGUAGUCCUUGUAGAGAGGUUUAAACAAGAGUCAAUGUAUGGACUGCGCUGCAAAAAAAUUGGCCGUUGUAGAGAGGUGGCUGUUAGUGGAGAUUUGACUAUAUCCCGUUAAUACUUCCACCCAAUUAUCACUAUCAUCCGAAGUCCUGAGUCACUAUCUUCUUCACAAUCUUACCUCAUUAAUAUGACCAGCCGAAUGCCUAGAGAUAGAGAGAGACAUUUGUUGACAAGUGAGGGAAACUAUCAGUCUGACACUGAAAAAACAAUGUUGUGUAUUUAACGUCGUUAGAAGUCCGUAAUUGAGCGUUCAAGUAAUUAAUAUCUUUUCAAAGCAGAUUGAUUGUUAGAAUUUGCGGGGCAAGGGCAGCACCUUCUUCUUGAGACAUCUUGCUCCAUAGACCAGCACCUGUUAGUUACCCCUGCCAUGGUUAUCGCUCUCAUUCCUUUUUUACACUUUGGAAAUAUUACUCGAUGUCUUCUUUUCAAAAUGUUCCCCUUUCUAAACUUUCAGUUCAUUUUUCUUUUGUUGUUAGGUGUGGGAUCAUACCUUAAAUCAAAGAACCCAAAUAUUAAGGUUGUUCUAGCAGAUCCCGAGGUAAUCCAGCAAUGCUGUUGUUCAUAAUACGUGCAUCGUUUUAUUUGAACAAUAUUGAGUAAUGCAGCUCACUGGGAAAUGUGUUACGCGAGCAUGUACAAAUUCCACUAGGGCUUUUAGAAUCAAGAAUACGCUUGAAACGAUGGAAGAAAUUUGUUAAGCCUCACGGUUACUGCUAACGUGGUAUCUUUGCCAUUUGCUUUAAACGUGGUGCUUUUAAGAAAAUCUAUCUAACUCACGAGAAAAGUGAUGAUUUCAUUGACUAAGGAAAUCUUCCUGGACAAAAAAUAGACUUGUAUUAAGCUGGGGGAAAUAUGAUAUACAGUAUAAUGCAUCUCUUCAUCUUUGGCUUGCCAGUUUACUCAGCUGCCAAAUUAUUCUUUUUAUAUCUUCUACACUACCAUUUUUUUGUUGCACUUUCUUGACAAUGCUCCUUAAAAAUUUUUAUCAUAUCUUUUUAUUCAUAAUAGGGGAGUGUUCUGUACAAUUAUUUCAAAUAUGGAGAGCUGAAAAGAAGUGAAGGCAGCUCCAUUACGGAAGGUAACCAUUGUUAGAGUUGAGUCGUGGCUUCAUCCUACCCUGGCUGUUUGAUUAUCGGGGAAGUGACAAAAUGUAGCGGGUGUAAUCCCCGAGGGUGGUGGGGUACGCCCCAUGCCCAUGCUUGUCUUUGUACUCUGUUUGCAAACUCUCAGCUACACAGGCGGGGUGGGGAAGGGAGGAGAGUGUUCAUAGCUUCUGCCCCCCCCCGCCUACCACUCACUUAGCUUACAGUCGACUAGUUCGUGAGCAACCCGUCUUGGACCGACUGAGUGGCAAAGAGCUUUCUCACAAAGCAGGAACAAAUCUGCCGUUCACUACAAUUUUCAUCUUUUUUUCAGGUAUCGGUCAGGGUCGAGUCACGAGCAAUUUACAAGGAGCUCCAAUUGAUAAUGCUGUGUUUGUUUCUGAUAAGGAAGCUGUAGAAAUGGUAAAACUGUUAUUUCUAUUCCCGCGAACGUAUGUUAAGCGUGUUCGUACGGUAUAGAGAACGAAUUGAUAUUUGGAAAUGUUGCAUUUUGGUGGAGAGUGGAAAACCGGAGUACCCGGGGGAAAAUCUCGCAGAAACGGCUAGGACCAACAACUUAUUCAUCAGGCCCACAUAUGUCACUGAUCACCCUUGGAUACGAACUAGGGCGGGGCGGCUAAAAAUGGUUGGAGGUGUGUCCUCUAACCACCAAGGUACCCGCCCCGGGGUACCCACCCAUUUACUUCCUUGUCACCUGUGAAAUUACAGCAACGGCCCCAGUUUUGUGUCGCUGAUCAUAUAAGGGAAAGUUCAUUUAAUAUGACAAGGGUGGGGGGGGAUGAACAUAUUGAAACUCGAAGCUUGAAAUUUUAGCAGCCCCCUCGCUAGCGGUUCAAUUUUUUGGGAGCCCCCUCCUUGGUAGUCAAAAAAAAUUUCAUAGCCCCCCCCCCCCUUCAAUUCCUUUGCUCCCCUGUAAAAAGAUCGCUAGACUGUAUUAAAUAUAUUUACCCUUAUUGUCUUCAAUGGUUUAUACUAUGACAAACUUGAGAUACAGUUGUGAUACAAUUUUCUAAAGCAUUUUUGGGAUGAACAAGAGUGUAAUAAUUACUGAGACUACAUUUGUUAUAUCUGUAAACCAUGUGAUAUAGCUGAGUUGCACAGGUCAUUAAAUUGUUGAGUUGAAAACCAUCCGAUCUGUAUGAUGAUGUCAUGUGUUGGUCUUGAAGUAUACAAAUUUUCGGAGCCCCCCCUCCUAGCGCAACAAUUUUUUCAGAGCCCCCCCUUCGGGUGUCUAAAAAUUUUCGGAGCCCCCCCUCAAUAUCUUCAUCCCCCCCCUUGUCAUAUUAAAUGAACUUUCCCUAAGUAACGUAAAGUUUAAAGAGGCCAAAUGAAGUGAGAACGUUUCUGUGAAUUGAAGCACUUUUGUAAACGUACCUUGUAUGUUAUGUUUCUCCAAACAGAGUUCUUGUUUUCUUUCUGUUGAAUACAGACAUUCUUUUUACUUCAUGAAGAGGGAUUUUUCGUAGGAGCAUCGUCUGGAUUGAAUGUUGCGGCUGCAGUCAAGGUAUUCAAUCACUGAUUCUUCAACAAUAAUGAAUAACAAUUACAGAGAAUGUUACAGAAAGAACAAUACAAAACAAAGGAGGAUAAGUGAACACGAGUGCGAGUGUUUCAUCCGGAUUUCAAACACGACACGCGAGUGAUUAGUAAUCCCGAUAUUGAGAUGCAUCUAGAUUUUGGAAUUUCCACUCGCUUAUGAACCAUCAUUUCAUCAGUGCAUGGUACUUUGAUUUUAAGGUUUUAUAUAUGUAUUUCUUUCGCAGGUUGCAGAGCUGCUAGGCCCUGGUCACGUGAUUACCACAUGCCUGUGUGACACGGGUCAGGUAAGUUGUUGUGAAUUCAUGUGUUAUUUUUAGUCACAUCAUCUUCUCGCCGUCUUAACGAUUCCCAUUUGGUUUCUGGCAGAAAUAUUUCCGCCGUCUCUUCAGUAGGAGCUGGAUGGAGUCUAAAGGUCAGUCAAGUUCCAAAACAAAAAUCGCUUUUACGCUGACUCGAUUUUCUUCAAUUCCUCUAGCACAACUUUAUAAGGAUUUUAAAAAAUCCUUUUUUAAUUGCUUUUUUUCUUAAUCCCGUGUCUUAUUUCUUUACCUUCAAUAGGCCUUAUAGAAGUUAUUCCGGAAAAGUACCGCCAUUCUUUACAUUGAUGAUCAGUCAACUACCAGACGAACUUUAAAGAUGUAAACGCAAAUUGCUUGCUGCUAAGCGAUCUCAAUCAUAAACAUAAGAAUAAAAACAGAAUAUGCAGAUUGGCAACCACAUGAACAGCGAAGGCCAACUUGAUUUCUACGUGAUUUACCGUCCUCGUCAAUGAUAAAGUGAUCUCCACCUGAACACAACAACUGAAUGUACAACGAACACUAAAACUUUGCCAAUGUUCCCGAUCUUCGCCUCCCUGGAUGCGCGACAUCUCUUCUUUGUAUAAAAUCUUUCUUUGACGUCGUGGCCUUUCUGGGUUCAUCUCUCUCAAAUGAAGCUUCCACCGUCGAAACUUUACGAUCAAAAUCUAUUUCUAGGCGUUUUCUAGACAACUCAUCCCAGCCUCGAACAUAGAUAAGGACUUAGUCUGUACCUUUCAGGAUUGUACGUUUUCACUCGUCAUUCCAAUAACGAGAGGGAAGUGGCUGCUAAUUACGUUAGAGAACUUGACUUAAACAGAAGCUAG